CGCAGCCUUCUCUCCAAUUAAAUCUCUUUCUCUCAGAGAUAAACAAUGGCACUACAUUGUAGUGUUGUAGUUUCUUCUUCUAGUGUCUUUCCAUUGUUCUUAUUUUCAUUUUGCUCCAAUCACCAGCUCAAGCCACUGAUAAAAAGCCAUAUAUUGUGUACAUGGGAACACAUUCGCAUGGUCUGAAACCUUCCUCAGAUGAUCUUGAAAGAGCCACCAAUUCUCAUUACAACCUUCUUGGAUCGUACUUAGGAAGUGAGGAAAAAGCGAAAGAUGCCAUCUUUUACUCGUAUAAUAGACAUAUUAAUGGAUUUGCUGCACUUCUUAGUAAGUCAGAAGCCGCAGAAAUUCGAAAGCAUCCAAAUGUAGUAUCGGUUUUUUUUAGCAAAGGAAUGAAAUUGCACACUACUCGUUCAUGGGAAUUUCUUGGAUUGGAAAGAAAAGGUGGUCACAUUCCUUCUCAAUCUAUUUGGACAAAAGCUCACCUUGGUGAAGAUGUAAUCAUUGGAAACUUAGACAGUGGUGUUUGGCAUGAAUCAAAGAGUUUUAGUGAGUAUGAAGGCAUUGGACCAAUUCCAUCAAAGUGGAACGGAAUCUGUCAACCGGUCGUUAAAGAUAAAGUUCAAUGUAAUAGAAAGCUAAUAGGAGCAAGGUACUUUAACAAAGGUUAUAUUGCUCAUCUAAAGACCAUGAACGCCUCUUCCAUUCCACCUGAGGUACGUAAGGAAAACCUAUUCACUAGUCGAGACAACAAUGGACAUGGGACUCAUACUCUUUCCACGGCUGGGGGUGGCUUUGUUUCUGGAGCAAAUUUGUUCGGCAAUGGGAAUGGAACUGCAAAGGGUGGAUCUCCCAAAGCUCGCGUGGCCGCUUAUAAGGUGUGUUGGCCGCCACUCGAUGAAAACUCGUGCUUCGACGCUGAUGUUAUGGCUGGAUUCGAAGCUGCAAUAAGUGAUGGUGUUGACAUAAUUUCGGCCUCCGUUGGUGGUCCACCUAUUGAAUUUUUUGAUGACUCGUCUUCAAUAGGGAGUUUUCAUGCUGUUAUGAACAACAUUGUUGUGGUUGCCUCAGCUGGCAAUGAAGGACCUGAUCCAAAGACGGUAAGUAAUUUAUCACCGUGGAUGGUAACAGUAGCUGCUAGCACAAUUGACCGUGAGUUCAAUAGUUAUGUUUCGCUUGGCAACAAAAAACAUCUUAAGGGAGUAAGUCUUUCUUCAAGUGGCUUGCCAUCUCAAAAGUUUUAUCCGUUGAUCUAUGGGUCAGAUGCAAAAGCUACAAAUGUGAAAAAUUCUUUGCUAGCACAAUUCUGUAGGCCUAAAAGCCUUGAUCCAAAGAAGGUAAAGGGAAAGAUCUUGGUUUGUCUUGUUGGGGAUGAAAUUUCAACACUUGAAAAGGGUCAUCAAGCUUCUCUUGCGGGUGCUGUUGGAAUGAUUCUAGUUAAUCAUGUUUUAAUUGGGAAUGAAAUCACUCCAGAGUCUCAUGUGCUCCCUACAUCUCAUCUCAAUGUCACUCAAGGAAAAUUUAUAUUUGAAUACCUCAACACCACUAAGGCACCUAUGGCUUACAUGACUCGACCAAAGACUGAAGUAGGAGUAAAGCCAGCCCCAUUUAUAGCUUCAUUCUCAUCAAGAGGACCUAACCUCAUUCAACCAGCUUUGCUCAAGCCAGAUAUCACAGCACCAGGAGUCCAUAUUAUUGCUGCAUAUAGUGAAUCUAUUGGACCAACUGAUGAACUAUUCGAUAAGCGUCGAGUCCAAUUCAACGUAAUCUCUGGAACUUCAAUGUCAUGCCCUCAUGUUUCUGGGAUCGUUGGCCUUCUCAAAACCCUUCAUCCAGAUUGGAGUCCAGCUGCAAUUCAUUCAGCCAUAAUGACUACGGCAAGAGUUCAAGACAACAACAAGGGGCCCAUGUUGGACUGGAACAUGAAAAAAGCAACACCAUUUCAAUAUGGUUCAGGUCACAUCCAACCAAAUCGAGCUAUGGACCCUGGACUUGUCUAUGACAGAACUACUGAUGAUUAUUUGAACUUUCUAUGUGCUCAGGGCUACAAUGAAACAUUGGUUAAGCUUUUCUACAAUAAACCAUAUAAAUGUUCCAAAUCAUUCACUCUAGCCAACUUCAACUACCCUUCCAUUGCUGUUACUAAUCUUAGUUCACAGUACUCAGUGACAAUUACUAGAAGAGUUAAGAAUGUCGGCCCACCAAGCACCUACAAGGCAUAUGUGAGAGCCCCAGCUGGAGUUUCCAUUUAUGUUAAGCCCAGAAGCUUGCAAUUUAGCAAUGUUGGUGAAGAAAAGAAGUUUGAGAUUAUUUUAAAGCCAAAAGUUGUUGGGAAUAAUAAUAAUAAGCCUAAAGACUACGUGUUUGGACAAUUGAAAUGGUCAGAUGGGAAGCGUUACGUUAGAAGUCCUAUAGUAGUCAAGUAUUAAUAAAGAAAAGCCGGAGAAAAUAGUAUGGCAAGUACAAUGUUUAUAUUUUAUGUCAUAUUAAUUUAAUAUAAUUAUUGAUACUAGAAAUAUUCUAGUAGUAAUAAAAAUUAUUCCAAGAAUAUAAUUGGAGUGAUCAUUUUGAUGACA